ACUGAUUUUGACGUUUCACAAUCAGCUGUUGAAAAAAUUUAAAAAAGAUACAAACAUUUCAAAAUGAAACUUAUUGUGCAGUAUUUAGAAAUAAAUUACGAAAUAGAGGCAGAUGAAGAAAUUUGCAAUAAAAUCUUAACAGAUCCAGUGUAUGCCGCAGCAUUCAUGGAACAAAAUUUGAGUGCACAAAAUGCAGAACAUACGGAGGAAGAUUCAGUGUCUACUCCAACAAAUCUUGAUUAUGCACAAGAAAACACAGGCAAUAUAGAGAAAGAAUCUUCUUGGGAGCACCGCACCGUUCUUCUGUUUUUAGAAGAAUGUAGCAGGCAUAAACAUGAGCUAAGAAACCCAAAAAUCAGGCGCAGUAGUCUAUAG